CUUCCCAGAGGCCGUCUGGAGCCCGCCCCGCAAGCUGAGCCCUCCUAGGCCCAGGCUCCCCGGAGGCGGGGCCGCGAGGAUGUGGGUCCUGGGAACCUGGUACAGCUGACUAGGGCUGAGAAGAGCCAAAGCAGUGGGUGGCGAGCGCCAAGUCCCUCCCCGCCCCCGGGGUCCCCGCGCCCGCCGACUUCCGGCUGACAGGGCCCGCUCCUCCUGGAAGCCCCGAGCUCAGUGCCCCGCGAGCCCUGGUUCCCCGGCGGGAAUGUUCAAAAAUGAGUACCAGGGAGGCGCAUUUGUUGAAAUCUUUAGUGCUCAGGGGAAAAAUCCUGGAGCAAAAUGGAAAAUCCUUGGCAGUCCAUCUGUGAUUUGGAAAGAAUUUGACAAAGAAGUUAAAAGUUUUGUGUUUGUCCUGGAAGGCAGCAGCCAAACCAACAAAAUUCAGUUACCAAAGGAGAAUAAGCAAAUUCUUGGACUCAUCCAGAGGUUUCUUGUGCUUCAGAUUUACAUACCCCUGGGACAAGACUUCUCCACUGAAUUGCUAAUUACUGAUUUGGGCAAUAUCAAAAGAAGACUAUAUUUAUCAACGGUCCAUAAGGAAUUGUCCUCAACCCCACUUCAUGCAAAAAUUCCACUCUUCAUGAUCAAGCGUAAAAUUUGGUGCAAUCUAUGCAUUGACUUAGUGGCAUUUACCAGUGAAAUAUUCAAGGGAGCAGUUUUCCAGUCACUGGACGGAAUUAUUGUCUCAGCUAACUGUAAGCUACGGAAAAUCUUCACUUUAAAGUCAAAGCCUCAAGACACUGCUGAUAAAGAUGCUGGAUAUGGUGUUCCCUUUCCAACAGAUGAACCUACAGAUAUUAUUCCACGAAGCUGCCAACUAACGACAGAUGUUCCACAAGUCACACAGCUGCUAAACAUGACUAAGCUCCGCCAAACUGAUAUAAAAUUUGGAGGUCAUCGCCUCAAUUCAGCAGAAUCAGAUCAGUUCAUCAACAGAGGAGCAGGUAGUGUGCGAAACCAUAAAAGUCAAGAUGUUUGUCACAUCGCAUUUGGAUCCAAAGUUCUUGGACCACCUCCCCUCUCCAGCAGAAGGAACAACCUGAGGAUAUCCAAUGAGACAAUAAGAUCCGUUGGGUCCAAAAAUAAUUCAUCAUGCCAGCAACCCACAGUGGAGAAGUAUGUUAAUUGCACAGAAAUGUCAGCCUCACUGAUAUCUGAGUCUGAAGAGCAAGGGGAUAAAGAAAAUAUUCGCCAAAUAAAGCAGACUGUACCUAUUCAUGCCAAUCCGCAUAUUAUGCAUCCACAUCCCCCUCAAGAACCAUCAACAGAUAAGAAUAAUAACAGGAGAAGAUUACGGUUAAAAAGCACCAACAGAGAAAGGACAGAGACACCCAGCGGCUGUUCUUCAGGAAAUAACAAAUUUGAAGGUAAAACACCAACUGCCGUCAUCACUGUGUCCCAACAAAGAGCAGAACCACUGGAUACCAGUACUCCGGCACCCCAAUCUCCUGAUCAAGCAGAUGAGUGGGUAUUUCCUGAAAAUGAUGGUCAUGUCCCCCAAUCGAUGUCCAGCAACCUGUCUCUCCUUCUGGAUGAUUCCUGCCACACUUCACAUUCAUGUAUAAAAGCUAGCAAGGAAAGUAAACACCACCACCAGGCAGUGGAAACCCAGGUUGUUCCAAAGGCCGUCUUCACUUUUUCUUCAAGACCACGCUCAGCACCUCAUGGGAAGACUCAGACUCUGUCGCCAGAGGAAUGCCCUUUUACUUUGGAUCUAAGUGAGGAUGCCAGUAUGACAAGGGGAGACAGCCAACUGGAGGAUGACUUUGACAGCAGUGACAGCAGUGAAGAGGGUAACCACAGUGUUCAGGCCUCCCCAGGCCCAACAACUAGUCCUUCAGGGCUAACUCAGUUAACAUUCGAAAGUGCGAUGACAAAGGCUGCAGAGUGGACAAGUACAGGAUGUCUAAAGGCUGCCCACACAGAAGCAGAAGCGUCUGUAAACCAGAGUUCCUUGGCAAAGCAGGUAGAUAGGCAUGGCUGUCAAGAGAGUUUGGUACCUACACCAUGCCUUUCUCCCCCUGGAAGAAGGAGUGAAUCCUGUCAUAAAACUCCAGAUCCCAUUAUCAAAGCAAAGGAUCGAGCAGUCCAUCAAGUGCCAGCUUCAAUAAAUAGAACCUUUCUAAAGGAAAUCUCAGGGGGGAUGCUGAAACAGAUUCCUGAAGUAUCUGCAUAUGACUGGAGAAACUAUCAGCCCAGCCAAAUGAGUGAAUCUGAGUUGCAAAUGCUGGCAAGCCUGCGACGACAACAGAAUGAAGACCUGGAGGACACAGGUGCUUCCCAUGGCCUGAGUGCAUCCCAGGUUGACAACUGUAAUGUCAGCAUCAGCACAAGCAGUGAUGACACAACCACCUGGAACUCCUGCCUGCCACCCCCUGUCAACCAGGGCCGUCACUAUCAGAAAGAAAUGAAUCCACCUUCUCCUUCUAACCCCCGGGACUGGUUAAAUAUGCUGAGUCCACCGAUUGUACCUCCAAGUCAACAGCCAGCCGACCAGCAUCUGGAUUCUUCUGAAAGUUUGAGUGCUCAAGGUGAAGAAGACCUAAGUGUGGAAGAGGAUGAGGAAGUGCUGACUCUGCUGUAUGACCCAUGUCUGAACUGUUACUUUGAUCCUCAGACUGGGAAAUACUACGAAUUAGUAUAACCCCUCCUUCCAGGGCAGAAAAUGGCUGCCCCCAAGCAGAGCAGGAGAGUACUUCUGGCUCCACACAAGCUUGGGCAGGCCCAAGGAAUCAAAUACAGCUGAGAUUAAAUGAAUUUAUUUUUGUAAAUAAUGUUCCAUGUUAAGAAUACCUACUUUUUUUAUAGAUGAGUGUAAUCUUUGAAACUGUGACAGAAUUAAUAGAGACAAGAUUUUAGGCUUUUGAAUUGGUUACUUGUUGGUUCUCACCCUACCUAUAAUUUUAUUUCAUACAAUUUUAUGUAAAAGAAUUAAGAGUUAUUCAAAAAAUUCACAGUGUUAAUUAUAAAUGAUGGCUUGAUAUACAGAAUGUAUUCUUGUUUAAAAGAUAUCUGGGUACCUUUUAUUGUAUUACCUAUUUGUAUUAAAAAAUACAAAUUCUAGAAGAAUACCUUCUAGACUGCUUUUUUUUUUAACCUCAUGAGAUAGAGAGAACUUAGAGUACUACAUUGCACUGUACUUGCUGAGCUACUUCCCAGUAAAAGACUAGACUAGCCAGAAUAUUCUUAGAUGAUAUUUGCCUUUCCUUAGACUCAGUAAAGGGAACAUUGUGAACUGAUGAGACUUCAUGACUACAUAUUCUGACACUGGCCCCACAAUUUCCAUUUUGUUAUGGUUCAUACCAGAAUUUGCCUAAGACCUUAACAUUGCUAAUCACUUAAGCUGCUUUGCUUUAUCUGUUUUUUUAAAUCAAUUAUCUCUGAAUCCCAAUAAUACAUUCCAAAUCUAGCUUAUGGAUCCAGACUUAAAAGGAAUACGCCCAUUGGAACACACCUCCAUCACCACCACUUCUGUGACUUUGACCUAGAGAAAUAUAGAAGGCUUCUCUGGUCUCUCAAGUUUAUACCACUGUAAUUCUGAUUAAUGCAUCACAAGGAAAAAAAUGUAUUCUUCCUGAAUUUGAGUAGAUGGCCUUGAAUUGUGUGGUAAGCAUAUUAAUAUUGAGCUCUAGGAAGUACUUAUAUUAGCUGGCAUGUUUUGUUAUUUAAUAAAGAUUUUUUU